UCGGUAUCCAACCCUAUGGACAGGAUUUGGUGCAUUGCUUUAUUGGCAUGGGCCGCUUGGUGCCUUCUACAUGAUAGGAUACUACCCGAAGAUGAGAAAAGAACUCCAAGCGGUCAAGGAAACGGUGUACAGUCACAUGUUGGACAGAUAAUUCCCAGAUGUGCUGUUGGUGAAACGUGCACAAUUGACCGAAACUGUCGGGCACCAGAUGGAACAAGUUAUUGUGUAAAGGACACUUGGAUAAAAGAGUGCCCUGCAGGACAGUCAGAAUGUACCUUGUAUAACGGUACUACCGGAUGUUCAUCAAGUUGUGACGGUGUUCCUGAAUGUGCAGAGCUGUCAGAUGAAGAGCCUUGCAAUAAAUAUAAAUGUAAAACAACAUGGCGGAUGGUAUUCGAACAUGACUCAAAGGGAAAUGUCUUAGCUGGAAGUAAGUCGGACUUAAUGAACGCUGUCAGAAGGGGCGCUGAAAUUAAAAUGUUUAGAGGAGAAUACCCGUAUGUUGACAGCGCAGACACUACUCUGAUAGUAGGAGACGAAGUAUGCGCACAGAGCCUUCAUCAGGUUUCUAAAGCAUCAUGGGCAGCGUUCCAGGGAAAGGCAUAUUGGUGGUUUACGGUUACUUGUACGUCCGGAGAUUUCUCGAUGUCACGGUGGUAUGUUGGAGAUCGCACAAAACCAGGUGACGAUCAGGCGGCUUAUGGAUUCAAGUGGUUUGCAAGGGAGGUAGAAGACAAAUAUAUGACUGCCGUCCCAGCGACCGGAAGUGAUAUCAGUGCAGUGAAUGCACAUAUUCAAGCUGUUAAACAAAGUGGUUAUGGUGUGACAGUUAAGCAAGAAUCCAAAUCUCUUAACACGGAAGAAUAUUACAGAGCAGAUAACCUUGAGGUUUCGUUAGAUGACAAAGAGAUUGUUGCCCAAACAGUUUGGAACUUGCUAAACGAAAAAUACAAGACUGUAGUCAAAAUUUCGACAUCAGGUCAUUGGUUGUUUCAACACUUUGCUUCAAACGGACAAGUCGAAGUAAGUCAAUAUCUGUUAGGUGAAAACAGACGGGUCUCAUUCGAUUCAAGCAAACGGGAAACGAAAUGGUACUUUGAUCCAUGUUGGCAGUUCAUGUAUUCCCAUGAUCAGAAUGGAAUCCGUAAAGGAGGGUCAAUACUCGAAUUGAUUAAUGCAGUUAAAGCUGGACAUCGUGUGAAAGUAAUGAUAAAUAACAGAAUAUCUCAAGCUACUAAUGUAAUCGUAAAAAAAGACGUAAUUACUGCAUUUCUAUCAGAUAUACUAAAGAAAUCCAGCAUAGAAACGCUAGAGGAUCCGACAGGCGCUAAAGGGAAAUGGGAUUGGAUGCUUGUAAAUACAAACGGUAAGGUAGAGACCGCAAAUUACCUUGUUGGCGAGGGACAGGGCUCGAUGUCAAGCUCGGCUGCCGAUAUGAAGUGGUUUAUAGACCGUCGAGAAUGGAAUAUUGUACUUGAUGUUGGACCCACUUCUGUAAACAGUGGCUCAAAAGAACAUUUGGCAAAUGAAAUUAAGGAUGGAGCAGAUGUACGCUAUUCCUGGAUAGGUUCCACUUGGGAGUAUACUUUUAUGGAAGCCGACAACAUCGGAUUUGAUGGUUCUAAACCUGACUUUGGUGCUAAACACAUACGUUCUGUGCUUCUUAAACCAAAUGGCAACGAAUACAAGUUUGAUGUCACAUCUAAUAAGCUCACCUGGUUGUUUUCAAUAACAACUAACUCCGGCGUAGUUAGGAGCAGUAAAUGGAUUGUUGGCGAACAUGCAUCCCGUGGAGAGACCACAGCUAACCACAGGGUGAUGUGGUUUAUCGCCAAAUAACUGCUAAAAGGAAACGUAGCUACAUGUAUGUGAUUAAGGAGGGAGAUAUAUUAGAUUUAUUUUAAUAAUUUUAUUACACACGUUUUUUUGCAUGCAUAUAUAUAUGUUUUUGCAUUACAAAGUGUUUUAUUUAUAAUUCAAGGAAAUGAUUCACUUUUCCCCCCAGAAAAUACCGGUAUCAUCUAGCACGAAUAUAACUGAAUCCAUUCCACUCUAGAUGAUAGUUUUUUAAAUAAUUAAGAGCAAUUAUUACACAUAUUUGUACCUGUAUAUGUGUGAAAGGAAUAAAUGCGUUGAUUAAUAGUUGCUUCCAAAUACGUAAAUAGUGAAUUGUAUUUUAUACAUUAUUCGCUUUCCAGUUCGAUAACAUUGUCCAAAGUUGCUAAGUAUUUUUCAUUUGGAAAUGUUACAAUACCUCUUUCAAAAUAUUUUUUUUGUAUGGGACAAUUCGAUUUAAAUGUUAUCAUAUAUCAUGUCCAGUUCAUGUGCAAAAUUGCAAAUAGCAUAUGUUCAAUAAUGUAUACCACAUUUGUAUUUUAGCAGUUUUUGGCUAAACAGUCAAGUAGGAUAGGUCAAAAUACUUUUAUUGUAGGGCAAGAUUACUUCCUACAUCAAAUUGACGUUAUUGAAAUAUAUUUCAACUUCCUUUUUAAGUUUUCUUAACACACAAAACAAGCA